UGUAUAACAGUGACAGACAACGACAAGAAGCACAACGGAGCAAAAUCCUUUAAAACAACGGCCAGAGCAAGUACUUCGCAUUGUGUUAACAUUUUUAUAUUCAUAAAAAUACUCUUGUAUAUUAACAUACAACUAUUCAGUGUAAUAAAUGUUAAAAUGACAUUAAAUACUAUGAUUUAGAAGCUUUUAGAAGCUUUAGAAGUAUAUGAGGGUUUGCACUUCCGUCACGAUUUGGUCAGUUACCCGGAUGCGCAGCCAUACUGGCGAUACUCGGUUGUAAACAACAGCAUGGAUUGCAAGGUUAAUGCAGGCUAUAACUGAAUACGUUGUCCUGCUAAUUUAUGCUGUAUAAAAACCACAGAAAAUACAUAUAGGAGCUGCUAAAUCAUAUAGAGAAGGAUUUAGAAAGCAGAAAAGGGUGGAAUAUUUUGAGAUUCUUGCCCUGGAAAUCAUGGUUCAGUUUGGCCAACCACAAACGCCUUCUGUUCUUCGGACAGUUUUUUGCACUAUUCUCCUUCAUUUGUUAUAACUUUGGCAGUCUGUAGUAACCUACUACCGGUCCGACCGAUUAGUACAGCCCAAAACAUGACAAUCACUGAUCAUUUUCAGCCGCAGUAAUCAGCAAAGUAUACGAAUUUUGUUGUUCGGUUCGGUUCGGUUCAGUGGCAUUGUUUAUGUUAAUAUGGCCGAUUGAUGACGCGUCGUGUUUUGUACAAAACAAUCAAAAGCAUUGCAUAGAUUUGACAUACGUUUAACCAAGAGACCAAACAUGAUCUAAACUUCCUCAUAUGUGUCGCUGUCAUUCCCUGUUCACAAGAUCUUUUCUUAUCUUACAUUAUAACAUGGCUUAAACUUUUUUUGAACUGUUACAUAAAUUAUAGAACUGAGAACACUGGAAAUCGCUCACGAGUAAAGUUUAAGUUUCAGUUUCCUUUCUGUGAAAAGCUCUCUAUCGUGUCUGCAUCGGACUGGCUGCUUCCUGGUUGUGUUCUCUGAGGAGGUGUGAACAGUUUCUGUAGGAACAGUAUAAAUAACGAAUGAAGAUCCACUUCACAUAAACUGCACAAGACUGCUCUGAACCUUUUACAAAUCAUCAGCAUGAUCUUAUCCAAGGAGAGUGAAGGGGAUGACGACGACGACGAUGAAGAAGAUGAUGGAGGUACUGGAGUAAGUGUCUGCUGCCAAGGGUAAACAACUGCUCCAGGCCUUGAUGCAGCUAGUGUUGAGAAAGACCCAAUAGCACGCUGGAUCAAACCAACUGUGUGCAAUUGCUGAUACAAGCCAGCAGCAGCCAAAGCAAUCACACAGCUUCACUUGUGACAAAUGUCACAACCCAAGUACCUCCCAAGCCAUGUGUGUCCAUGGCAAACCUGACACGUAGACCACAAUUCCUCCAUGGAAAACGAUGGAUCUCGCAAUUUUUUCCGCUGUGCAGUGGCAGCACCAUCGCUUUUCUUCAGAACGGCUCUGCUUUUGUUCCUGUUUGUGCAACCCUGAAGAAACCACGGAGAGACGAACGAAAUGUUCAUGGAGAGGUGAUCCCUGAUGAGAGCUGCUGGUCCAGAGGUUGGAAGAUGUGAACCAGUUUUUUCUGUAAUCACAAUCAUCCUCAAUCACCAUUGUGCCACCGAGCAACGCACAUGACUCCAACGCAGGACUGACUGUUUCUGCAAAAGGUCUACAGUAGUCAACAAUCCAUUAAGAGACAAACAGAAAAUGGGCUGGAUGGGCAUUUUGUACAAUGUACUAAUGGAUGCAUGUUGCUCACAUAUUUACAGGGAGGUCAUGCCCUUUUGAAGCCCAAGUGUAAAGAUAUAUACUGACUACGGCUGCUUGGUCCAAAAAGCUCUCCAGUAAAACCAGCAGAAGGUUUCUGGAGCAGCGGAUCAGGGUUAGAGGUAAAAGCCCACUGUUUUUGUUUUGUUUUGUUUUGUUUUUUUGAUAUUCUUUUACCUCAUUUUGAUGCCACGCCAACGCCGCUCAGCCAUAGAGAGCGUGAUCAGAGCGAGAUGACAUGUUCACCAGAAUAGGGUUCACAGGCACAGCGGUUCUGCAGGUUGUGCUGACUCGGUUGAAUCCGCUGGUUCAGAUAUCUUACACAAUAUGACACACUGCUGAAUUUCACGCACAGGUGUUAUCGCAGUGCUGUUGAACAAAAGUUACACAACAUAGGUAACAUAACUGUAAUGAGACAUGGUCUCAUACAGAGCAAGGUCCUAAUCAAAGGACCUCUGAAGGUCUAGCCAGAAAUGAAGCCUAAUAGAUGCGACACAACAUCAAAGGUCAUCAUAUACUAUUGAGAACUCAUCGUUUUCUUGGUUAUGUGGCAAGGGGGUCCUUAGCAAGUGAUCUAUUUAGUUUUUUAAUGAUGUUCUUAGAAAUGUCAUGGAUGCAGAUGGAUAUCUGUGCAUUCGUCUGCCUAAAUGUAUCGCUUUCUAACGAGCUACGCGUAGAACAUCCCCCUUAAAUAAAGUACUAUGUGUUGUGAAAACAUUUUUGUGUGAGUGUUUUGUUUUUCCUGAAGGAGCCAAACUCUAGUUUGAUAUUUUAGACAUUAUGUGUUUUGGCUAUACAUUUUUAAGGCUUUGGCUUAAACUACACUUACACAGAAGUUAUAUGAAUUUCUCUGCACUGUAUUCCAUCUCAGUUCCUCAUUAAUUCAAAUUUAAAAGGCUUUCUCAUUUCAUUUGUUAAUGUCACAACCCUGACUUUUAAUUAAUGGGCCAACAGAAGAUCAGAAAUUUACUGGGAAUGCAAAACAUCAGGAAUCAAGAAACCUUUGUAACACUCAUGAAUAUUGCAACAAAUGUGAAACAUUUGAAGAAGUGUACUUUUGGUUCAACUUUUAGUUUCUGCAUUGCUUGGCUCAGCUGGUCCAGGGCCCAUCUGAUAAAACAAAAAGCACUUAUUCUUAUUUAUUUAUUUAUAAAGAAGUGUGUCAAAUAUGAAAAAAAAUAUACCCACUGAACAGGUCUUACAUGAAUGACUGGAAAUUGUCAUCAGUAUCAGGGCAUGGCAACUAGGCUGUUGUUUUCUGUUUAGUUUUCUGGCUAUUGUUUUUUGUUCAUCCUCUCUCAUUCAAGAGUCUCCUCUCUCAGGUUUUAGGUGGAGUGCUCUAUAUAUUUAUUUGUACUCACAUAGUUUCUUUCUAUAGGUACCUCUGUGUCCUUUAUAAGAAAAUGCACACACACACAAACACACACACACACACUAGGGCUGUCACGAUAUCGAUGACCUCAGAAAUUCACAAUAACAAUAUGUCAUGAUAUCUGUAGAAAUCUUAAAAAAAAUGAAAAUAAUAAAUAAAUAAUGCUAUCAAAUUAUUUUAUUUAAAAAAAAAUUUUUUUUUCUGUUUUUCACCAAUUACUCACACCACUGCAUACAAAAGGAACAAUAACUAAACAGAAGAGACUUAACAUUAGCUAUAUAGAUAGAUAGAUAGAUGUAUACAUAGGUAUAGAUAUAUUUAUUUGUGUGUGUGUGUGUGUGUGCAAGAGAGAGAGAGAGAGAGACAAUGUUUUCCUGAUAGAUCUCUAGUUUAAUGUUACACAUGUUGUUUGGCUCUGUUUUGAAGAUUUUGCAGUUAAUUAAAGCAUUCUAGAUAAUUUUGUUUCAUACAAUGUUAAUUUCAGUGUUAUUUUAGCAUUAUUUAUAUACUAUUGUAGUGUGUUAUAAAAGUAUUUAACACACACACACACGUAUAUCAGCUUUAAAUAAUUUAUUAUUUUAGUUUUAGUUUAAGUUAACAGCAACAACACUGACAAGUUUCUUAAAUAUAAUGAAAAAUACUGUAACUAACAUUUCUAUAGAAAAAUGAAAUUCAUUCUAUAAAUUAAGUUUUUCAUACUGAGAUAUGAAUAGUACUACAAACUAUGCAGUACUUAUAUGUUUUCCUUUAUUUCAAUGACUUUAAUUUCAAUUCAUUUAAUUUCAAAAUUUAAUUAAUUAAAAUGCACAUGAAAAACAUCUUUCUAGUUGUUUUGUAGGCAUAUUGUAUGCACAAACUGCCGGACCCAGAACACGUUAUAUAAUUAGGCUUAAUAUGAAUCGUGAACGUCUAUCCACUUAUGUGUUUAUGACACUUAAUAAGGAUUAGAAGCCAAUCGCUGGGUCAGCUUUGAGGCAUGAACAUGUAUCUGUAUGCAGCAUAGCCAUUUUAGAUUCUCUGUCUACGUGUUUUUCAUGCUAUCUAUGAGUAAACAGCUCAAAUUUAAACCUUUCUUUGGAUGGAGCCACAUGGGUAAGUCUGAUUUUUGUCCGGCAGAAUUAUCCAUAAAGAAAAGCACAGAGCCAUAAAUUAGUCACCAGGCUUAAAAUGUAGGUCAGCUAACAUGGCGGCGACACAGUGAUUAAUUAUUGUAUGUUAGCUUGACUGCCCUACUGUUAUUUGAUUCAUUUCUUAUCAUGUUAGUAUGUAGUUGAGUGUUCUGUCAUUGAUUACAAGUGUGCAUGUUUUCUGUCUCUUUGCCAUUUCUCUGUCCAUAGUAUUUCUCAGCUGAUUUCCCAUUGCACAGCACAUCCACAGAGUGGCCUGCUAAAUGUUAAGCCAUUAGUGCAUAUAGAACCAGACAUUUGCUUUUAGUUUCUCUCCGUCCCUCUCCUGUCCUCCAUGACGCCGCAGGUUCCAGUGCCCAGACCAUCAUAUUCUCAGGCCAGGGAGAGUCUGGUGAAGGCUAUUCCUUCUAAGAUCAUCUGUCUUUUUGCCUGUGGGGGGAGAGACUGCCGUUAUGAGGGUCCGGCGUGCUGGAGCACGAGCCAACAGGCCAUUAAAGGUGUCUUCUCCAGCUGGGUGACUGAUAACAUUGUUGCAAUGGCACGACCUUCUGCAUAUCUCAUCAAGAGAUACUGCAUCAUUGAGCAGUUCAAACAGUUGAACAUUAAAUCCAUCAUUAAUAUGCAGCUUCCGGGGGAACAUGCUCACUGCGGCCCUCCUCUCGACCCUGGCAGUGGGUUCACAUAUUCGCCUCAGAUCUUUAUGGACAGUCAAAUUUACUUCUAUAAUUUUGGGAUGUCUGAUUUUGGAGUGUCGUCUUUGGAGGGGAUGCUGGAUGCCGUAAAGGUUUUGGCCUUUGCUGUGCAGGAAGGAAAGGUGGCUGUUCAUUGCCAUGCUGGACUGGGCAGGACAGGCGUUCUUAUCGCAUGCUAUUUGGUCUACACCUGUCGAAUCAGCGCUAGCGAAGCUGUCCACUAUGUUCGCAUCAAAAGGCCUCGCUCAAUCCAGACCCGAUCACAGAUCAAUCUGGUGUUUGAUUUUGCCCGUCUGGUGAGCUCUCAGCUGGCCCAAUACCCGUGUCUGAACAUGCGCCACGGUUCCUCCUUCAGUCUCCGGCAGUACCUCUUGCGUCAGGCCCUUUUGCUGCAUGGGGACGAGGCCCGAACCCUCAAACACACGCCCAAGAUCCUGCACAUCCUCUGCAGCAUGCUGAUCACUCUCACCCAGGGGGCUGCCAGUCCUCCAGAGGUCCAGAGAGAGCUGGAGAGGAGGUUGAACAUUUUGUCCCUGAAGAAGGCAGUGAAGGUGACACUUCUGAAGAGAAACUUGUCUGCUUUGAAGGAAAGGAGAGGCUCAUGCAGAGCGUACUCCUGCGAGUCCUGGGACGAGCCAUUCGGGUUUUUGGAGAGGAAGAGAGACGUCCUUCUAAACAAGCGAAGCUACAGUGAAUCAGAUCUCAGCAAGAUCACUAUCAUUGAGGAUUUUAUGUUCUCACGCUACUCUCCUCAAUCCAGAGGACACCAUGAAAUAAGCAAUGGAGGAAUCUGUCCAUCAAAAGAUCAGAGAAACCCAACAGAAUCCCAAAAGUGUCCUCACACCCCUAUAACAGACCAGUGCAAUGGGACGACAGAGAAAUACAGCUCCAAUCCACCAACAGCUCCUCACACUCAUAAUGAGACUGUGAACAAGAAGACGAAAUGUACAACCAAGAAACCUCAAGCUUACCUAAAAUUCAGCUCAAACAUUGAGCUAAGGCUGGAGCAUCAGACAUCAGAUUACUCAUCAUCAUUAUCAAGAGUCGUCGCUAAAGCAAUGGCACAACAGCGCCCUCCACUGGACACUGUACUGAAAAAAGCAGCGGACAUGCAGGAUGAGCUCAACUUGAAUGAAUGUGGCUGGGCUACACUUGUCAUGGAAACAGAUCCAGAUGUUCUGAGCACACUGUUAUGGAUCUGGCUGGACAAACUAAAGGAUCCUGUUCUCAAUAAAGAUGACAUAGAGAGGCUGACCUCAACCUGGCCUGCACAAAACCCCCUUAAUUCACUACAAAAGUAUCAGCGGCACACCAUGUGCUGUUUGCUGGACUGUGUGGGUCAUGUGGCAGUUCGAUGUCCUCAGUUUGAACAUGCUAUACUACAGAGACUCAUUCGAGCUUUAACAAGACGCCUUCCAGAGGAAAUAGAGAAAAACAACAUCUUGUUACGGGUCCUCAGAGCUACAAUGAGAGAGCAGUACCUACACAAGCACUACCCAAAUACUACAACACCACCGAAGUGCUAGGAACAGUGCUUUUAAAUGAAUGAAACCUAUAAAGAUGUCCAUAUAACAAACUAUUGUUUGAUUAAUUGAAUUACUAAUCAAGUUAUUGAUUGUUUUUUUAAUGUGUACAGUCCUCUUCUGAAGUAUGUAAACACUUAUAUGUAUAAAAACGUUUGAAUGUUUUUGCAUUAGUUAACAAAAUAUCAAGUCAAGUGUCGUUUGUAAAAUUAACUGUUCUAGCCAUUGUUGUUGUUUUUUAGGAGUAUUGCAGUAAGUAAAAUUUAUUUAUUUGAUUAACUGAACUAUUAUUUAAGUUAUUAAUUUUUUUAAUGUGUACAGUCCUCUUCCGAAGUAUGUAAACACUAAUAAAUCACGUGUAAGGAAAAACAUAUGAAUGUUUUUGCAUUAGUUACCAAAAUAUCAAACCAAGUGGCAUCUGUAAAAUGAACUGUUCUGGCCAUUUUUGUCUUUUUAAGAGUAUUGCGAUGUCAAU